AUGGAUAAAAUUUUUAAUUUUGUAAAUAGUUUAAAAUGUUCACCUGUAUAUAAAUUAAUAGAUAAUGGAGGGUGUGAUAGUAAAACCAAUGCUAUAGUGCCACCAAUAUUCUAUAUUCAAGAUUAUUACAACUAUGAAAAUAUUUCUUGUAGUCCAUCACCAAUUUCAAAUACUGUAGAAAAUGGAGCCUAUUAUCUCUAUCUAGAUUAUGGUGUAAAUUAUACAAUUACAUUAACAAACACAAGUUGUGAUGUACCAAAUAUAGUAAUUCAAGAAACAACAAAAAACUAUCCAAGAGUAGUGAUCACCCAACCAAAGUGCCUAUACUCGAGUGCAACCAUCAAUUUUAUUGCAAACGAUACUAAUAGUAAAAGAAAUUAUUAUAUUCAGAAUACCCAAGUACAAUUACCAUAUGAAAUGGUAUAUAAUAGUAACCAGGCUAUCAGUUUUUAUUCAGCAAUCAAUAAUCAAACUGAAUGUAAAUCAAAUUUAUACUUAAAGUCUGAAAUAGAAGGUACUCUUAAUUUACCAGAGAUUGAAGUUAUACCAGCAACAUGUAAUAUCAGUGGUGAAAUCAAUAUUUUAAAUUAUCAAAACUAUACCCAAAUCACUCUGUACAAUAGCAACAAUAUUACAAUAUCAAGUAAUAACACCAAUGGUACCUUUGUAAAUUUAGCAGCUUCCCAAUAUACUUUGGUAUUAGUAUCAGAUACUUGUGGAAAGCAAAGUUUAGCAAUCACUGUAGAAAAUACUCCACCACCAUAUCUUAUGGCAUUAGAAGAUGAAUCGUGCCCAAGUAAACCCAUGUUCUCAAUAUCUUUCAACGGAACCUAUAAUUACUCCAUCAAUAAAGGCUCACAAACUCUUCAUAAUCCUUUCGAAUAUGACCACCAACCAAUCUUUGUUAAUAUUACUAAUUGUAUCGCCUUCCAAAUCCCACCAGUAUCUUAUGCUUCUGUUCCACCAAUUAAAUACACAGUUUCUAAAUUAGAGGACUAUUGCAACAAAAAUUAUACCAUCACGCUUGAUUAUGACUCAUCUUUAGUUUCAGAUUUAAUCAUCGAGUAUUUUAACAUUGAUAAUAUCCGUGACAGUGGUGUUGUAUCUUUAAAUGGUAAAAGUUUCACUGCAGAUAUUGACCAUCGAUAUGAAAUUUCUUCAAGCUAUUGUUAUAGUGAUAAAAUCAAAAUCGAAUCACCAUCACCAGUACCAUCGUAUACCUUUUCAAAUAAAACCAGUUAUUGCAAUGAAUUGAUAGAUAUUUCAAUUACAAAUUGGGAAAACUUCACCACUCUCUAUAUUAUUGCUAGUAAUAAUGAUGGUUCAGCCCAACCAAUUCCAUCAGUAAAUGGUACUUUCAAGCAAGUUCCAAAUCAACAAUACAAUCUCUUUUAUGUUUACGAAAAUUGUACCGACAAUGAAAGAUUUAUUAAAAUUGGAAAUAACAAUAUAGAUGCAAAUAUAUAUUAUACCACCAACAUUAUAAAUCAGCCAACAUGCAACGAUGCCUUCAAUGGUAUACUUGAAAUAAUUGUUUUCGAUAAAUUUACAGAUAAAGAAAUAGUUAGAGUAAAUGAAACCUUAACAUAUUAUGACGAUUUCACAAUUAAAUAUUUAAUUAAUCUUUUACCAGUAUUUGGUUGUAGUGCAAAUGUAACUUUUAAUUAUGAUCGUAAAAUCCCAGAUUAUCAAAUUACAACAUUAACCAAACCUGUUUGUAUUUAUUCAAAACAAAAUGCAACAAUAUCAAUAAAUUCAUCUACUUCCAUUGGAUCAGUUUUAAUAAAUGGCAUUAAACAAAAUAUUAGUGUGCCUUAUCAAGUUCCUAUUGGUAAUAACACAAUUACAAUAAAUUUUGUUUCUAAUGGCGCUAUAUGCUAUUCUAUUACCACAUUUUAUAAUGUCGAAACCCAGUUCCCAGAUUUCCAAGUAAAGUAUGAUACUACUCCAAUUAAUGAUUGUAGUGCAAACACAGGUUGUCUCUCUAUCAUUGACUAUAGUAAUUAUACAAGCUUAGCAAUUAGUAAUGUAUCAAUCUUAGCAACUGGUAAUAGUAGCAACACCUAUCCUUCUGGUGAUGUUCAAGUUGAUUUCUCAAUUUUAUUAGAUAAAGAAGCAAUCUGUUCUGGUUCUGUAGAUAUUUAUAUUCCAACCUCAAUCCAAAUUAAUGAGGCCUCACCUUCUUUCCAAGUCAUUCAACAACCUUUAUGUGAUGCUGAUAAUAGUGGUGUUAUAGUAUUUGAUACUAUAAAAUCAACAGAUAAUAAAAUCUAUGUCAUAGAUAGUAUUGAAGGAGAUAAUACCAAUGCCCUUUCUCCAGGUAAUCAUACAUUUAUGGUUUAUAGUGGUUCUUGUAGUUGGGAAAUCCCUGUUCAAAUUAAUUCGACCAAUGUUGUAAUCGAACCAGUUUUAGAAUCUUAUUUUAUCAAUCAAUGUGCAGGUAGUUAUCGUUACAAGUUAACCUAUAACAACUAUUUAGCAGAAAAAACAUCAGUUGCCAAAACAAACAAUAACCAAAUAGGAAAUAUAAUUAUAGGGGAUACUCUUUCAAAUAGUAAAGUUAUUAAUGUCAACAUUAAAUAUGGUAAUAAACAAGUUUGUCAACAAAUCUUAAACAUUGAACCACAAAAACCAACCUAUAUUCCAAAUAUAAACUAUACAAUUAUUACAAACAGUAUUAAUAGAACCUGCCUUACAGAUAAUGACAUCGAUAUUAAAGUAGAAAACUAUAAUCAAUAUCAAAAUUUACUCUAUGGCAGUGUUGCAAUCGAUUCAGAAGGUUUCUUUAAAAACGUUAGAAGAGGAGAUUUUAUCACUGCUUCCCAUUAUAAAUUUAACUGUAAUAUCACCACCCAUGUACUCUAUGAUAAACAACCAAUUACAAUCCAAUAUUCAACCUGCAUCAAAAAAGAAGAUUAUCUCUUAUUAAAAAUACUCAUGCCUGUUAGUGUUUUCAUUAUCGGUUUAGUUCUUGUUAUUUUAAUAAUCAUAAAGAAAAGAAAAGAUAACAAAGAGUAUCAAAGUAGACAUUUUAUUAAACUUACAUCAACUGAAGAAGAUGAAAGCCAAUUUGAUUUAUACAACUCCACCAGAUAA